UGCCCUUGGCUCCUCCAGGCUUCCAUGUGCGGGAGGCGCGCGUAUAAAAGCGGCGCACUGCGAUUUGCGGAGCGCAUACAAGAUGACCGCAGUGGCCCGGAAUAGUGCUCCAUGACUUGUGGAGGAAUGAGCCACCAUGCACCCACAAGACACGUCCUCGAAGUCCUGACGCGUUUUUAAUCACGCUCUUCUAUAAGUGCGAGGCUGCAGCCUGUAGGCAGGUGAGACUGUUUUGCAGCAAGUCGUGCUUUUUUUUUUUUAAUCUUUGCACAAACAUUACCAUGGAGCUGAAGAGCGCUUGUCGAGUGCUCCUCUUCCCGGUCCAAAUGCUCUUCUACGUGGUCCGGUCCACGUUGUCGUGGCUGGCGCCGAGCAGACGGAAGCAGCUGACCGAGGAGGUGGUGUUGAUCACCGGAGGGGGACGCGGCAUCGGGAGACACCUGGCCAAAGAGUUUGCCAAGCAGGGAACCAAGAAGGUGAUCUUGUGGGGCCGAACGGAGAAAUGCCUCAAAGAAACAGCUGAAGAGAUCUCUCACUCGGGAACAGAGUGCCACUACUUCCUGUGUGACGUGGCCAAUCGGGAGGAGGUUUACAAGCAAGCCAAGGUUGUUCGAGAAAAGGUGGGAGAUGUUACAAUACUAGUGAACAACGCAGCUGUGGUCCACGGCAAAAGUCUGAUGGACAGCGAUGACGACGCCCUUCUGAAAUCGCAGCACAUCAAUACGAUGGGCCAGUUUUGGACCACAAAGGCCUUUCUGCCACGCAUGCUGGAGCUGCAGCGUGGCCAUGUCGUUUGCAUUAACUCCAUCCUGUCGCAGUCUCCCAUCCCUGGGGCCAUAGACUACUGCACCUCCAAGGCAUCGUCGCUGGCCUUCAUGGAGAGCUUGACGCUGGGUCUGCUGGACUGUCCUGGCGUUGGCUGCACAACAGUCCUCCCCUUCCACACCAACACUGAAAUGUUCCAAGGCAUGAGAGUCAGAUUCCCCCAGCUGUUUCCACCCCUCAAGCCUGAAGUCGUUGCCCAGAAGACUGUGGAUGCAGUCCGAGCAGAUGUGGCGUUUCUCUACCUGCCGUGGACUAUGCAUGCUCUGGUCAUUCUUAAAAGCUUCAUGCCACAAGUUGCACUUGAAGAAAUUCACAAGUUUACGGGGAGUUAUACCUGCAUGAACACAUUCAAGGGGCGGACAUGAGCCUGAACGCGGCUUCAAUUCAACCCUGGCAACUCUUAAAUAAGGGAAUAUGGACCUAAAGACAUUUAGAGGUGCUGGAGAUGUCAUCACAAAGACAGAAGGGACAUUUGCAAAGUGCCUGCAUAUGCAGGUAGAACUACAUUUGGACUGAGGGUUCACCCUGGGCACCUGUUUGAAUGUCAGGGGAUGUGUGUUUGUGCACAUUGUGAGUGAUGCCCUGCAUAGGUGUGUACCUGAGACACUUGUUUUAGUCUAAUUUUAUGUUUCCUAUUUUGUUCAGCUUCCUUUUAUUUGUAUUUGCAUCAAGUCAAGAUAAUAAAAUGCAGUUCUAGAGACCAACCUUCUUUUUUGUUUAAAUGGAAAAAGAAAAUGUCGUUUCAUCUGUAACACUGUGAUAGCAGUUUUUGGAUGGGCAGGGAGGAGUGUGAUCAGUGACUGUGACAGGAGAUUGUCAAAGACGUAAAAUAAAGGUGGGGGGGUUCAAAUGCUGUCAAAAGGAAUCGGGUGGCAUUCUCUUGAAACGUAAUUAUCGUUGAACACAUGGGUCAAGACCUUGUCAUUGCCAUGCUGGAUGGUCCAAGAUGUAUUAGGUGCAGUUUUUUUCCUCCAAGUCUCCACUUCAUCUCAUGCACCACAAUGGCUAUUAACACUAUUUUACAGGGGAAAACGUCAAUGACUCGAUGUGAACACUGACCUAAUUUCUGCUUGUUCCCGCUAACUAGUAUAAUUAUGUCAGCGCAAAGAUCAGUGUUCAAUGAAAGUGUUUGUGCUGCUUGUUGGUAAACCAAACACACAAAGGUCAUCAUUGAAACCAAAGGCCAAGUAUGGGUUUAAAUAUUUACAGUCAGGACAGCAUCAAUAACCGUGAACUAAUGACUUAAUGAUCAUCAAAGUUUAUCCAAGUAAUGUGUUCAAUUAGGAGGCCUGAAGAUGUCCUCAUCUUCUUGUAGAUGAUUUGGUCCUCAUCAACCUCUGGCCUUUUGGCACUUGCUAGGGCGGUUCACAGUGGAAUGUGAAGCAACCAGGAUAAGAAUCGCACCCACAAAUCAGAGGGAAUAGUCCUCAGUCAGAAAAGGGUGGGUUCCCAUGUCCAGGUUGGGAGGAGUUCAAGUAUCUCGAUGUCUUGUUCAAUUCAAGUAAGGAAAGUGCUGUAUGGGUUGUGACAUCAACAGACUAAUGAAUGCUUUGUCCACGGUGAUGUGGCCGCUGUACCACAACACCAUGCUGAAUUUACUGGUUGCCUGAGGGCGGUACAUGAUGGAAUUCAUGUUUCCUUCCAUGAACCACAGCUCCCCAGUGAUGACAUCACUCAUACAGACCCAGUCUUGGUACUCACUUGUGUUGGCAGCUAUUUAGAAAAGAAUUGCUGCGUAUUGAGUCAUUUUGAGUGGACUCUUCUAAAAUAUAUCAAAGUUUACUUUCUAUAGUAUUGCUGAUAUAGUAAAAAUGCUUGCUGAAAUAUGAGAGUUGUACUUGGGAGCUAAUGAACGUUCCACACUUACUGUACCUAUGGUCACAAGCUCUAGUAAGUGACCGGGAAGAUCCGUUUCCUCUGAAAGGUGGGACGAUUUGUCAUCCAGGGGACACUAAAGUAGAGACACUGGGGUGACUUGGACAUGCUUUUCAGAUAUCUCCUAGAUGUAUCACUGGCCCUGUGAGGUCACACUGGCCUGGGGUUUUCUCUGCAACUUGGACCAUAUAUGGGGAAGUAAAUGUAUGGCUGGAGGGUACACAGAGCCCACACUAGUGGGAUAUUGUCAGAACUGUAGUUGUGCAAUUAGACAUUAGAUGUCUGACAGCGCCAGCGUCUGGUGUGACAUAUACUUGUCAGAGAGCAACAACUGCUGUCAACACAAAAGGGUUGGAGAAGUGAGUCUUUGUUGUAAAAAGUAACACCCUAUCCUGGCAUUGCGGGAAUAAAUACCCUUAGGCGUGUGUUACUCAGAAGCCGUAAAGUGUGCAGUCGACUUUCCCCAUUUAGUGCAAUUUAUACAAAACAGCAAGAAAAGAAAAAGCUGUCUUAUAUGGAAAUGACAGGUUUCAACAAUCUCAUACCUGGGCUAAAGUUCAACCAAGAGGCUGUAUAGUCUGAGCCAGCUCCUGCACCCUUAGAUCCAGGCAAUUGUGAUCAGUAGGUGACCCUCACUGGGUGAAGAGGAGGAGUGGGGGGGCCUUGGAGAGUCUUCCUCAAGGGCCUGUUUCUCAUUCUCGGGCUGAGCUGUUGCGAAAGUGAGCCGGGACCAAGCCUGUUGGGAUGGAAGUAGGUCGGAGAGGCACGUCGCUCACAUACGCUGGAAGAGGAGGACUAAAAUGGUUUGAAAUCUCCCGGGGCAAGUUCAGAGCAAGGUUAGCCAAAUACUGAAUAAAUCAAAGGAGGUUUGAAAAGCCCUUUUCCCUGCUGAAGGCCUUCAGCGCCAGGGUGACUGACCUAGUGCAGGUGGAGGCA